GUAUGUCAAUUAUUGCCAAAGUUGUGUGUAAAGUUAAUAGAGAGAGUGUGCCCUGCUCUUCAAAAUGAAGAAAAGAAUCAAUAAAUCUCAAAGAAAAUUUCAGUCUGCGGGAAGAUUACAACAACCUGGUCAGAAACCUAAGGAUUUAAACGUGCGUGCAAGAUCCCAAGAGCAAUGGACUUGGACUAAAAUGGGACUAUUUCUUUGCAUCCUCUCUGCAUCAAUGCUAAUUCUUCUGCAUGUCUUUUCUGAUCCCAUUGACCUCAGCCGACCUUCAGAUAUAGGUCUCAAUCACACUAUAAAUAUUUACCUCACACCUGAGGAGGGGGUGAGAGUGGGCGUGUGGCACACUGUACCUGAACAUAGAUGGAAGGAGGCGCAGGGAAAGGAUCUAGACUGGUAUGAGAAAGCACUGGGGGACGGGUCACCCAUUUUCAUCUACCUCCAUGGCAACACGGGUAACAGAUCUGCACCCCAUCGUAUUGGAAUUACAAAUGUCUUGAGUGCUGUUGGAUAUCAUGUCUUGGCGUUGGACUACAGAGGUUUUGGGGACUCCACUGGUGAACCUACAGAGGCUGGUCUUUGUACUGAUGUCUUAUAUUUGUACCACUGGGUUAAAGCACGUAGUGGAAACAGCCUGGUGUGUGUGUGGGGUCACUCGCUUGGUAGUGGUGUCACUACUACCACUGCAGUGAAAUUACUGGAACAAGGAAAACAGUUUGAUGGGAUAAUACUUGAUGGUGCAUUCCUAAAUGCAAGGAUGAAAACUAAUAAUCUAACUGAACACCCUUUUACCUGGUUUUAUUGGAAGUUCCCAUACAUUCAGUACUUCCUGUUCAAUCCACUGAAAAACCAAGAUUUGAACCUUCCAAAUGAUGAGAACUUGCAGAAACUUAGAACUCCCCUCAUGAUUCUCCAUGCUGAAGAUGACCAUUUAGUGCCUUUUGCAGUAGCUCAAGAGAACUACAGAAUUGCAAAAAAGGCCCAAAACUCAGAUGAGCGUGUCAAGCUGGUACGAUUUGAUGGAUCACUUGGAUAUCUUCAUAAUGGGCUGUAUAGAGACCCUAGUUUGCCAGAUAUUAUAAGGAAGUUUGUGCAGUCACUGAUGACAUGAGAGACACACAGAAGGAGGAGGAUUUACACCAACUAUAAAUGGUGCUAUAACUAUAAAUUUAGUUGUUUUAAACAGUAUGCACUUCUUGGAUAUAAAACGUUGUAAUGUCUAAAGUAAAUUUUACAGAAUUCCCCCCAUUAGGGUGAAUUUAUUGUCUUGUUAAUAUUUGUAACAUUAAUUUUUUUCAAGACUGCAGUGAAACCUUUUUUACAAUGCACAUUAAAAUCAGUUG